UACCUUAUAAACGUUUUUGUGCCGCGUUGUUCAUUAACCCACGUGCUGAACAUGCGAUUGUAUUUUUUAAAAGUUUGUAAACAAAAACGUAUUUUCAGCAACAAUUUUUCAUAAAAAUGUCGUGCAAAAUACAUAACGUUCGUUUCUAUAACUUGGAACCAAAAUCAGUAACAUGCUUUUCUUAUGAACCCAACAGUAAGAAAUUAGCUCUAGCAAGAAGUGAUAAUUCGAUAGAAAUUUGGAAUAUUGGAAAUGCGCCCUUCAUUGAAUCAAGUAUUGCUGGACAAGCAGAGAACUCUAUUGAAGCCAUAUUAUGGAUUGGCUCCAGGUUAUUCACAUGUGGUCUUCGUGGUAUGAUCACAGAAUACGAUCUAACAACUUUAAGUAUAAAAAAUGAAGUCACAGUAACAGGUGGUGCAGCUUGGUGCAUGGAUAUUAAUCGAGACCAAACACAUUUGGCUGUUGGAACAGAAGAUGGUUACAUCAACACUUUCUUUAUAACAGAUGAAUCACUGAUGUAUGAAAAAAUCUUUGACAAGCAAAAGGGAAGAAUAUUGUGUAUAAAAUGGGAUAACACUGGGGAAAUGAUUUUCAGUGGUUCUGUAGAUACUGUAAGAGUGUGGAAUGCAUCUUCUGGUCAUGCAAUUCACAAAAUGAUAACUGCUAGGAAAGAUGCUAAAAAAGAAACAAUAGUUUGGUGCUUAGCAGUGAGCAAUGACAAUAUGAUAAUAUCAGGUGAUUCUCGAGGUACUUUGUCUGUUUGGGAUUCCAAUAUGGGUACUCUAAUAGAAUCUCAUGACAGUCAUGCUGCUGAUAUACUUGCGGUUACUAUGUCACAUGAUAAAAAAAUGAUAUAUUGUGCCGGUGUUGAUCCUGUCAUACGUACAUUUUCCAAAGUAGUUGUUAAAUCUACUGGAAGGGCACAGUGGGUGAGGGGCAUUGAAAGAAGAUUGCAUAUACAUGAUGUGAGGGCUCUAAUAGAAGCAAAUGGUAAACUAUAUUCUGCUGGAGUAGAUGGUUACUUGGCACAAUCAAGUUAUCCGCCUAAAAUUUUAGUCAAGUAUCCACCAUUACUUCAACCUCCCUGUGUUCAUGCAUGUCCUAAAUCAAGAAGUAUAUUGCUGAGAUAUCACAAUUAUCUGGAAAUUUGGAAACUUGGAAUGGCUGUAAAAAAUACUCAAGAUGUUAAACAACCUGGUUAUCUACAUGAAUUAAAAAAAGAACCUGCAAAACUUUUACAGCUGAAGAGUAAAUCAGAUGAAAAUAUUAUAUGUUGUGCUACAACUAAGGAUGCAAGAGUUAUCGUGUAUUCAACUGAAAGUCUUCUUAGAGUAUUUAGUUUUAAUGUGACUGAUGGCAUUGCAGAACUUUCUAAGCAACACAGUGAUGUACCUAAAAAGAGGGUACAAAAAAUGCUUUUCAGUCCAAAUGAUAAAUUUUUUGUUACGGUGAAUAAUGAAGGAAAUGGAAAUGUUGUAACUUUAUACAAAGUCAACCAAGAGUAUUAUUUAACUUAUCAUGGAUCUUUUAUAACAGAUAAUGAACAAAUUAAGAAUGUUGGACUUGUGUGUUUUUCACCUGAUGAUAAAUAUCUUGUUAUUUCUGAUUGUGACAGUCAUAUAGUUAUAUAUAAUAUUCAAGAUGACCUGAGUGCAGGUCCUCCAAAUUCAUGGCCUCUACCCAAGUACAGCUGUCCUCCAACAGCUAUGGCUGUUCAAAAUAAUACCAAUAAUCUAGUUGUUGUGUACUCUGAUCAUAAGAUAAUAGAAUAUAGUAUUCCUAGGCGGAAAUAUACGGAAUUUUCAAAAAAUUUGCAAGGUCGUUUACCAACUCAAUGGUUAGCAAGGCAUUUCCCUAUAACUAACAUCAGUUUUGACGGAAAUAAUGAGAAUAUUAUAAUUGUACAUGAUGACACAACAGUCUUUGUGAUCAACAAGUGCAGUGAUCUUCCAAAUUCAACAGCAAAAAUACCCAAACUUGAAAAUAGUGAUUGCAGAGAAGAAAGCAGUACAGGUUCUAGCUCUCAUUCACAACACGCAAUUCAAGUUGUAAAGAAGUAUAAGCAUUUAGUAUACUUGGACUGGAUUAGUAGUAGUGAAAUGGUGGCAGUUGAAGUUAAUCCAACUUCUUUAUCCGAAAAACUACCACCAACAUUGAAACAAAAAUGGUUUGGCAUGUAAAUAGGUACAAAAGCUGGUCUCAACUAUGUGCAAAUUUUGAAGACCACUGGACAAUCGAAUAUUAUAACUGCUAUACUGUAAUAGUAUAUUUGAUGCAGUUAAUUUUAAUUUGACUUGCAAAUAGAAUAAAUAAAUUGGUAAAAAUUUUAAAGUUAUUCGCGCAAGUUUUAUUGAUUUUGAUCUUCAUUAUAUGCAUCAACUGGACUAUUACUGAAGCUGUUAAUGUAUAUUUUAUUUACAUUAUGCCACGAAUUGAAUUCAAGAAGCACAAAUAUGUGAUAAUACACAAAAUUGUUUCUUUUGGAUAGGACUUUUGUGUCCAAAGCAUGUAAAUAAAUGAAACAUCUAUAAGAUACAUUUUUACACUUCUAUAUUACUUUCUAUAUAAUAUUAAGAAAAAAAAUCAUAUUUCACAUACUUAUUGUUGUAUAAUUUUACUGUAAAAACAUUUGUAUUAAUAAACAAACAAGAGCGUCUAAUUUA